AUGCCUCCCGACCUGCUCAAAGUGAAGCCAAAAUCGUCACUCCCGGCCACGGGAGUGUCUGUCGCUGAUGAUAUUACACCUACGAUGCUGGCGUCGGAAGAUCCCCAACAUCGAAGUAACUCGAUCCCGAAAAGACCAUCCAUGCCUAAAACGUCCGAUUCCGAAGACAAGCUGCUACGCCCAAACCUCUUUGGAAAGGUUGCAAACCUCCUACAACAGAACCUGGUUUCCUCUCUCAAUUCCAACGCAUCACUUAGUCGCAUACAAAGCCCUGCCGCCGACCACAUACCGAGUCUGGCCAUCCUGCCGCCAUCAAGGCCACGACUGAGAUUGGUCAAAGAAACGAAUUACGUGUCUCUAGAGUAUGACCCAAUCACACGACGCAAGGUUUUGAACACAUAUGAGAUACGUGGGGAAAUCGGCAGAGGUGAACAUGGCAAAGUUAAGUUAGCCAGAGACCUCACGACGAGCGAGCUUGUAGCCAUUAAGAUUGUGAACAGAAAAAACAAAAAGGAACGCAGGCUAUUGAGCAAGCGAGGCUCGAUCGCUUCCCCUAAUCACCCUUACAGCGACUACGAAACAAAGAUCCGCAGAGAGAUCGCAAUCAUGAAGCGCUGUGACCACAAGUACAUUGUCAACCUUAGGGAGGUGCUCGACGAUCGUCGUUCUCAUAAAAUCUACUUGGUUCUUGAAUACCUUGAGAAGGGUGAGAUCAAGUGGAAGAGACUGACGCCGAUCAAGAGCCCUGCACCAUUGCAUGACUCCCAAGAGUCCAACAUACCAUGCUGUGAAACCAAAUCGCAUCACAAGACAGAGGCGUCUCCUCUAGACGAUAAUGAAUUGCUCGCCGACAUUUAUUCUCCUAAUCUCACCUUCAGACAGUCCAGAAAGGUUUUCAGAGACGUGCUUCUAGGUCUUGAAUACCUCCAUAUGCAAGGAAUCAUCCACAGGGAUAUAAAACCUGCCAAUCUACUUGUCGGAUCAGAUAAUACUGUGAAAAUCAGUGAUUUCGGUGUUUCUUUCGCAUCGUACUUGGGAAAUACCGAUGAAGGUUUCUGUAUGACUGAGGCAGAGCUUGCAAAGACUGUGGGAACUCCGGCUUUUUUUGCUCCGGAGCUUUGCCGCACAACCUUUUCUGCCAGCAACAGCACCAUCCAAAUGACAUCUUUGGAGAAGGAACAACUGGACCCCAAGAGCGGUAGCGAAACACCCAAAAUUACAUACAAGAUCGACAUUUGGUCUUUGGGUGUCACGCUAUACUGCCUACUCUUCGGCAAGGUACCUUUCAACGCGGAACUGGAGUUCGCGUUAUUUGAUGUGAUAGUCAACCAAGAGGUGGUCUUCCCGGAAAGCAAAGACGCCUUCCAUUCCCCACAAGAAGUUAGUGAUGAGGAAUUUGAGUUGGCGAAGGAUUUGAUCAGAAAACUCCUUGACAAAAAUAGUGAAACUAGACUCACUAUUAGCGCAAUCAAAGAGCAUCCUUUCGUCUUGAUGGAUCUCGAAGAUGACGUCGAUAAGAUUCAUGAGUUUUUCUUCAUCAAUUCGCUUGAAACGGCCGCAGCCUUUGACUCCUUGAGGAAUCAUGAAAUCACCAAAGAAGAGUUAGAUGAUGCUGUCAUUGGUGUGGGAAACAGAAUCCAAGGCAGUUUCCUUCAUGCUCUUCGCUCAAGAGAUCUGGAGGCACUCCGCAAGGCUGCACUAAAAAUGGAAGCCAGCACCUCCUCAAGUGAUGAAUCCUCCAAUCUAGCAACUCGCACGAACAGCAACACGAUGGGCUACAAUCCCUCCAUAAACAAUUCGGUUAUUCUCCUGGAAUCGGUGCAGACUCCUCCGAUGGGGUUGUCCAGAGCUCACUUACAGACAUAUGACGCAGGCUCUUUUCUCAAGUCUUCUUCGGGACAAACUGGUCAAAACUCACCAGAACCUUUAACCCUCUCGCGCCAAAAUACUGGGAGUCGACCAUCGGUCGUUCUUAGUCGCAACAAUUUGCUAUUUCAGGAUGUUUUAGAAACCAAUAGCUCAUCUUCGAGCAGAAGAGGAAGCGUCAACGGCUUUCAAGAAGCUCCUCAAAUCGAGACAAAGCGAAAUGUUGGGGGAGAUCUUUAUUUGAAGAAUCAAUCCGUCAUUGACACUUUUAAGGGAAUCCAACAACUAGAUCAGAAGAGACGGAAGUCGAGUGCUUUUCUUCACAGCAAUGCAAGCACGCCAUCGAGUCCUAGACCUAGCAAGACGGAAUAUAUACUGGGUCUGGAAUCCAAGCAUCCUCUUUCACAGCCCCAAGCCAUUCCAAUGUCGACAGAUUCUUCUAUCCUGAGCAAGAUUAAGGUGGGCCCAAUAAGUAUUGACAACAAAAGACGCGCGUCAUCAGUGAUAUCAUUGCCGUUGACCGAGAGUUUUGCUUCAUUGGACAGCUUCAAUGACGAAUAUCUUACGCACAAAUACCAUGAGUUCAGGAAAAAGAAGCAUGGAGGCUUCUUGCCAGAACCUGGUGUCAUUAACUCUGAUCCUGAUCUUGGUGGGAAACCUGAUGCUUUCGAUUCUAUCAAUGAGAAAUUCAGAAAUUUCAAUUUGGGCUCACUGAUGUCAGGCAUGAAAAACUCAAGGGAAACAAAGACAAAUGAAGGUGUGGCUCCGACCUCAAGGUCCAGGUUCCUGUCAUACUCGACCGGUACUAGGUCACUGACUUCCCAGUCACGCAGCAGUUGCAGUGGAAGCGGGAGCGGAAGCGGAAGUGAAAGUGAGAGCGAAAGUGAUGAAGAAGCUGGCAACUUAACCUUGAAGUUCUCGUCCAAGGUGACCCCUCGGGGACGUCCCCCUUUCUUGUCAUUGAGUAAUAGGGCUCUUUCACAUGAUUCCAACCUCCCGGACUUGAUCCACCACCAGAAUAAGGUUUAUGACGUACCGGUUGUGUUCCAAAAUGAUCUUGUCGAGUUUGAGGACGUUCCUGAAGGCUUGAUGGGAAAUGUACAGAAGGCCGCUGACACUGACAUGAGUACCUCGGUUUCCGUACUUUCCCUGAAUUCCAACGCCACAAUCACUUUUGAUCAAGAGGAGCAGCCUUCGCUUCUACAGAUUCCACGCAAACCAUCGGUACAGCGUUCCCCAUUGCGGAAUCAAGUGAACCUUGACUCCUACUCGAAUGGCAGUUCACUGCAGGAAAGAGAAGCUCGGGUUAACGAUGCUGUACCGGGAGUUGCAAAGUCCGCAAUGAGAUCAGGUUACUUCAGGAAUCACUACAAAAAGGAGCCUGUUCAUUCUCCGUUUCCCAAAUCCAAACAUCUUGAAAAUGAUCGGGAAUCUGUCGUGAAGCAGCAGAUGAGAGAAGGAACAGAGCUCGCACGCCCGGUUUAUCAGCGUUCGAACUCCAUCACUUUAGGACUCCUCCAACACAUUCGACCUGACCCGAUUAAAGAAGAAGCCAUUUGA